AUGUACAAGAAAGCAGCAAAUAAAGCCAAUGGAGAACAACAACACGAGGAUAAUGGGGGUAUUAUAAUUGAUAAUGAAGGGGUAGUUCUACUUCCCAACACAAAUGCACAGCCAGUUCUUUUUCAAGACCCUCAGCUUCCUCCUCUGCCACCAACAACUUUCAACACCAUGUCCAGUGCAAUGCUUACUUAUCCAAGGUAUGGAUAUGGCUAUGGUGUUCCCACCAAUGGCGUGGCUUUACCCAAUAGACUCAACGUCGAUUCUCCUUCAUGGCUUGACAUAUCGGAUUAUCUCGUGUCAUUUGAUUCAUUGGUCGGAAACGAUGAUGACAUGAUGCCAGCAUUACCAUCCGAUACCACACAUUCAGAACUGUCUUAUGAUGAUAAUAAGAGUGGUCCAUCAUAA